AUGUUUAUGGAUAAUCAACAGCAGACAUUAGUAACACCAAGAGCUCACACGUAUUAUCCUAAAAUGCAUACAACGCCCAAGCAGCAUACGAGAUCAGCAUCAUCUAGCCAGAGAACAAAUUUGGCACCACCAGCCUCGAACAGAUCAUAUUCACAAAACCAUUUACUACCCAACCAACCAACUACUAGGGAGCCACAAGAGAAUUCAAUGUUAACUUCAGAUAACAAAAUAUGCCAGUGGUAUUGCUGUUCUUGCGGCCAAUCUUACGGUUCAGUGCUCUACAAGGAUGAUUACCGAGAGGUCAGACCCAAUGGCCAACCACCCCAGAAACGCGCAAGAAGUUUGGACUCGUCGAAUUAUAUUCUUGAUAGCUUAAAGUACUACAGUCAGGUAGUUUACAGAGAUCAUAAACAUGUCAUAUCGAAUGCGUCAUUUUCGGCCGGUUCUAGUGUAAAUAGCAAUGCCGACACAAAUUACUUUGAUUGCAAAACAGCAACUACUGACACUGAAGAGUCACACAGCCCAACUAUAACUCCGAACACACCCAUGUUGUCGCCAUUACAUCUCAACCUUAAUCACAACAGCUUUAUUGAUUACCGAGAAAAGAUUAUAUUGAAUAUACCUACAAGGUUCACUUGCCAUCGCUGUAAUCACAUGAUGUGCCCCUAUUGUCUCAAAUUGAGAUUAAAAGAUUUAGAUACAAGCUAA